AUGCCCACUCUGACGCUCACGAUCCGCCCCGAUUUCCCACUACCUCCACGGCCUCGGCGGCGCGGCAUUUUUUUCAUGCAACUUCCCCGCGAGGUGCGCGACCAAAUCUACGAAUACUCUCUCGUCGAACCAAAAAGGCACGGCAUUUCUCACGAAUCCGGCUGCUAUUACAAAUCCACACAAUCCCUCCUGUGGGAGGCUCCUGCGUUCCUGCUGAAGAACGUCAUGAUAUGCGAGAAUCCCUAUCGUCUUGUCACCGAGCCGGCUUGUGACUGUGCCAAACGGAAAUGCGUCAACCUUCUCCUCGUCAACCGCCAAAUCCACGCCGAAGCGGCUCUUGUCUUUUGGUCGCGGAACACGUUUUGCUUCUUGAGCGCCUUCGAGGUCAUCGUGGCCCUCAGGCACAACCUGCGCCACCAGUACCGCAAUCUUGUGACGGAAAUCUGCGUCAUGAGCCCCGCCGACAACGGCGCGCCUCUUCACGUCUGGCUGGACAGGCCGGGUCCAGAAGAUGCUUGUCCAACGGACUGGCCGCUCUUUUGGCACACAAUCUCCAAUUGUGCCGGCUUGAGAAAGCUUCAGAUCUCGCCGAGGAUGAUUUGGGCAAACGCAGAGAGAUUCGCUCGCAUGGCAAGAAAGCGCCGCAUGCUGGAGUUCGAGCUUGUCACCCUCCUUCCACUCUACAAUAGAAGCCUAGAGCCAGUAGAGUACCCUUCCUGUGAAUGCUCAAUGAUGCACUAUUGCACCAUAUACGUCGAGCUAAGUCACGGUAUGUAUUCUCUCAAAGGCCAGGAGUUGGUUCCGGAUUCCGACGAAUUGGGCGCCGAUGUCAAAGACUGGAUGGAUACUGCCUCCGAGUGUUUCAAUGAAGCCAACGAGGUCAAUCUUCACAUCCGGCGUGAAUAUUUGGAUGAAGAACACUACAGACGUCCUGCUUCCCUGCAUGCAUCUAGCGAAGACGACGAGCCCUGGUUCUACUUCUUUACCCUUUCACGUGGUGGACUGAUCAGUCAAGAAAAGUCCGAAAUUUCGUGGACCUCACAAACGGGGAACGUUUGCCACGUUCGACUCUACGGCUUACCGCCUUCAAGCAGACAGGCAAGCCAGGCCACGAAAGAGAGGUUUGUCCGCGAAAAGGAGCAGCGGGCGCUGAAAGGCAUGACCGACGCCGAAGCCGAGAGCAAGAAGGAAUCUCUUCAGCUGAAGAAGGAAAAGAGGAAGGAGCUUGAAGAGAAAAUACAGGCCAUCAGCGAACUGAAUAGGCGUCAGCCUGAUCCAAAUGUCGGCUGGGUGGAUCCCGAGGUAGCGAAGAGGCAGAUGAAGAAGUCUGCAGAAAAGGAGGUGAGAAAGUCACAAAAGGAGAACGAAGAGAUGAGGCGCAUGGAAAGGAAGAGGGUUCAGGGUUGA